AUCGUAGGUCAACAGUCUUUCACAAGUUCCUGCAACGAAUCUGAUUACGUCGCGCUCGCAUAUCUUUAAAAAUCAAAUCGCUAUAUAUAGCCUCACAUUGUUCACCAAUCAUCAGUUGUUUCACAGACAGCAAACAAAGCAACAUGUUCUCCAAGGUCGCAGUCUUCGCUUUGUUGGUUGCGGUAGCCAACGCCAGCGGUGGUUACAGCAGCUUCUCCUAUGGAGUAGCCGACCCCCACACCGGCGAUGUGAAGAGCCAGCAAGAGACCCGCGUCGGCGACAACGUGGUCGGACAAUACUCCCUGCUGGAGUCCGACGGCACCCGCCGCACCGUCGACUACGCCGCCGACGCACACAACGGCUUCAACGCUGUUGUGCGUAAAGACCCAGCUGUGAUCGCCGCUCCCGCCGUCGUCGCCGCCCCCGCCUACGCCGCUGCUCCCGUCGUCGCCUCCGCCUACGCCGCCCCUCUUGCCCGCGCUGCCAUCGCUCCCGUCGCUUCCCUGGGCUACUCCGCCGGCAUCGCCGCCGCUCCCCUGGCCUACGGUGCUGCCCUCAACUACGGCGCCGCCGCUCCCCUCGCUUACGGCGCCGCUCCCCUGGCCUAUAACGCGUACGCCGCCGCUCCCCUAGCCGCCGGCUACGGUGCCGGUCUCGGUUACGCUGGUCGUCUUGGCUGGUAAACCGUAGAUGAAUCUCCUAAACUGUGAUUUAAUUACUAGGCAAUAGACUUAAACGUUGAGGCAGUCAAACCUUUUAAGGGUCCAAAGAACUUCAAAGCGAUGAAGAGGCAAACCUUUACAUGUGUAAAUAUUUAAAAUACUCGUGAAAUAAACUGUUAAUUAACUAA